GGUAUCAACGCGUGGUCGCGGAAGCGGGAACUAUUCAUGCAAGCACACCCCAAAAAAUAGAGGAAACUUUCGGCAAGUUCCGGUGCACGAGGGUCGCCGUAUUCCGCCAAGGUAAUUUGUCAGCGGCAAGGAUAUUUCUCGUGUCGCCUUCAAUGGCUUUUGCCUAUUGCCAGAAUUUCGGCAAUUUUAGAGCAGUUCAAACUUUCGAUUGAGUCGGUUCGACCAUUUUCCUACCGUGCAAAUGUGGUGAACGUGUGUGGAAAGUGUUUGAUUGAUUACUUCCGGAAAAGUGCAUUACACUGCUUGUAAAUGAAGUAAUUCAAGUUCAGCGUUGUUUUGUCGGGGAGUCGGUUUCUACGCGAAGUGAUGAUUGAAAAGCUCGUUCAGAGGAAGAUGGCUCUAGACAGAUAAGAAAAGUUUCGUGAAAGUUGUGAAUAAGGGCGGGCAAAAAAAAGCUUGUAAAAUAAAGUUUUCAUUUCUCUAACGAAAAAGGCAUUUGUGAUUCGAAAUCAAGCAUAGGGAAUUCAGGUGUCUUUUAUUCACAUUCGAUACAAAUAGCGUCACAUUCUGCCAACGACAGGAAAAGAAAAAAACUAACCAGGAGUUUCAUGACAACCAACAAUAAAUUUUGCUCAGGAGACGAGCAAUCGAAACAGUGAGUGUAGCCGUUGCUCAUCCAAGCUGCCAUGAAAGGAAAGAGUGAUACAAACGAAAUGCAAAACUAAAAUCUUAUCAGGAUCCGUCACUCUAGACUGGUGAUUCAAAAGUUUCAAGCGAACUUUUUCAUAAAGUGGAGCAAUGACGUGUGCCAUGGUUCGUUUCCGAUGGAAAUGCUCAGCGGAAAAUUCCUGGUAAUUCCGGGUUGAGAAAAUGAGUGAGGAGCACGGUUGCUAAAAUGCUGCCAUGAAACAUCAAUUUAGUUAUCGUUGAAGACAGUACUUGCGGAGAUAGAUCAUGGGAGAUUUUGGCUCUGACAGUGAGGAUAGCGAUGGAGAAGGAGGACUUGGUAAUGUCAGUCGCGUUAUCAUUCGACCACCAGGUCACAGCGGCAAAGCCAAACGGGGUCACCUCUGUUUCGACGCAGCCUUCGAAACGGGCAACCUCGGCCGAGUGGACCUGGUGGGAGAGUUCGAGUACGACCUGUUCCUCCGACCCGACACGUGCAAUCCACGGUACCGCUUCUGGUUCAACUUCACCGUCGACAAUGUCAAACAGGACCAACGGGUGAUCUUCAACAUCGUGAACAUCAACAAGAACAGGAAUCUGUUCAAGGAUGGAAUGACGCCACUGGUCAAGUCCAGCAGUCGUCCCAAGUGGCAACGUAUUCCACGGUGUGAGGUGUUCUACUACAAGUCGGCGGUUCACCAGAAUCACUACGUGCUGAGUUUCGCGUUCGGGUUCGAUAAGGAGGAUGAGGUGUACCAGUUUGCGUUAACGUUUCCGUACUCGUACUCAAAGUUGCAGGCGUACCUGAACGCGUUGGAGUCGAAGUUCCCAGAGUCGUUCGAGCGGACCACGCUGGGGAUGACGGUUCAAAAUCGCAAAUUAGAGCUGAUCACAUUUGACGAUGUAAAGAAACCAGAUAAGGUCGAUCAGAAGAAUGUCAUCCACAUGGUUGUGGUCUUCGCGAGGAUACAUCCCGGUGAAUCGCCCGCAUCCUACGUGGUUCAGGGGCUGAUUGAAUACCUGGCAGCAGCUAAUCAGCCAAUAUCGAAGGCACUGCGAGAGAAUGUUGUGUUCAAAAUUAUACCGAUGCUCAAUCCAGACGGAGUCUUCCUAGGUAACAAUCGGUGCAACGUGAUCGGGCACGAUCUGAAUAGGUCGUGGAACAAGAUGUCCCAGUACACCCAUCCGACGCUGGCUGCGGCCAUGAAGAUGUUGAAGGAGUAUGAUAACUCAAGUUGCUACCAGGUUGACUUCGUGAUCGAUAUCCACGCCCACUCGAGUUUGACGGGGACCUUCAUCUAUGGGAGCACUUAUGACAAUGUAUAUCGAUACGAGCGGCAUUUAGUAUUUCCGAAGCUCUUCGCCUCUAAGUGUGAGGACUUCUGUCAGGAACAUAUGAUGUUCAAUGCGGACGAUCGUAAAUCGGGAACGGCCCGAAGGUUUUUUGUGGAAGCGCUUAGCGACAAUGUGAAUACCUAUACGCUGGAGGUGUCCAUGUGUGGAUAUUACCUCAAUGAUACCAAUGUGUUGACGCAGUAUACCGAAGAUGGUUAUAUGCGAAUAGGUCGCAACUUGGCGCGAACAUUUCUGGAGUACUAUCGCUUUUCCAAUAUCCUGCCAAUCCCCCCGGUGGACGAGCUACGGCCUCGCAAAGGUCGACCCCGGACGCAUCGCCCACGGGCCCGAUCCCGAACCCGGAGUGAGGUUCGUCUACGUCCCAAAACCGUUCGUACCUACGCUCCGAUUAGCUAUACGGAUCUUUCAAUCUGCUACGAUACCGACACUUCGAACGAAGGAUCACCCAUACGUUACAUGUACUCGAACUACGGGGGCUUUCGGAUGCGCGCUAUCGGACCUCCGGAUCAGUAUUCGCUGUCCAAUAUUCAGACGGCUCGGUUCAGCAAUUUGGACUUUAGCAGCGACUACCGGUUCAAGGUGACGCCCAAGCCGAAGACGGCUCCGGAGCACAAAAUGCCCCCAAUCGAGAUGUUGACCGUUCCGCCAAAGCCCUGCCUUACCAUUAUAGACUUUAAUCAGCUCACGCGCGGUGGCCUCGAGGAAGCCACCUCCGGACGGAAGUUUGACAGGGAAAAGGAGAAAGUUCGUCGCCACACGUUCAAGAGCAGUUCAAGAAAGGCGUAGUGUGUAGAUUAAGUUUGAUUUAGGAUAUCAUAUU